UUCGAGCUCCUGAUCAACCUGAAUGACUCAAUGAGUUCUGUCAAAGAUAUUUUGCAUUGCAUAGCCAGCGCUUUAUGGGCGCAAGCUGUUCAGAGCUGGAAGGGGGAAAGUCGACAGGAUUGCAGCAGCAAAGCCACUCGGCUUGACCUGCUAGCUGGUGAAGGCUGCUGAUAUCAACAGCACGAGGUUUCUGCGGCCCAUCGAGCUGCCGCUAGCAUUGUGUCCCCCAGCUCAUGUAAGCCACUUGUGCAAUUGCAGCACAGGUUCCAAUUCGCCUUUUUCACAUACGGAUAUCUAUUAUACAGUCUCUCCUUUAGAGGCUUUGCAUAGAGCAGGAACUCCUGCUAAGAUACUUGAUUCUCUAAGAUGGCGCUCUCCGUAGGCCAGCGCAUGACAGCAUCGCAUGCUCUGAAGCAAUUCCCGACUGCAAGGAACCAGCGGGUGACGAGGAGGCAAUGCUCGGCUGCACAGCAUUCCACCAAACAGUGGUGCUUCAGCAAUCUCGCGAAGACUUCCAGCUUGCCAUCAUCAUCAAAGUUUCAGUGCUCAAGAGCAACACCUCGCUGCCCCUUCCGUCAAAGCACUUGUGAAAAGCAAAGGUGGUCAAGUCGCGGCUGUCGCAAGUGGACUGGGUUGCCACGUGCCUCUAUGGACGACUUUGAUUUCAGUGGGGGGCCAAUUGAGGAAGUUCGCCCUACUUUCACAAGAGACGCUUAUGAGAUCCCCCCACCUGACCCUCCAAAAUACAUUGACAACCCUCCCCGGAAGAGAAGAGGUCGGCCGAAGGCCACCCCCGCCCAGGCUCUUGCGGGGUCCCUGAUUGCAGGCGGCUGCUCUGUAGCGCUCUUCUACUAUGUUCGUGACCUGUACUUCAACCUGGCAAUGAACCCGCCCGUUCAUUACGCGCCUCUCCACCUGGAGGGGGAUGUCAAUGCUCUAAUCUGCACCUUUGUUGCUGGUUUCGGGGGCUUUGCUGUCCUCAUUUUCGGCGUGAAUUCUGUGGGGCUGGCCCUUCUAGCUGUGAAAGGCCUUGCAAAUCCUUCACGAGAUGCUCCCAAGUCGGAGUAGGGCGCAUUGAACGUUCAAGGCUUUGAUUUGUACAAAAUUCAUGGUGUUAGCACCUGUCGGGAGCUCGAAAAGGAUGCGAGAUGCUUCUUGUGUUCCUUGAGAAGGCCCACGCUCUCGUGCCGCUUUCGCAUGGCAGGUAGAUUAGAGUUCUAGUGGUGUUGUAUAGAGUAGCCGAUUUUAGAUUCUGUAGAAACUGCUUUAGAAACCGGAAGUGGUGCAGUCUACAACUACUGUACAGUGCCCAUUGCUUACGUAUCAGCGGCCGGGCCGAAGCUAGUCAGAACCUCAUAAAGUAGGAGCUUGGUUUCUUCUGCUUUACCACGCUGACACAAUCAGAGUUCAGAUCAGCAGGAUGCCACCUUUCAAGACAACCGUACACAGCUUCUUUCAAUCAUGUUUGAAGUUGCCGGCACA